AUGCAGCCGCGAAAACCUCAGGCAGCGCCAAUCUUCGCUGCAAGAACACCAAAUCCCAAGGCCUCAAAUCCGAUACCCUCGUCGUCACCCGCAUUUGCGACUCCCCAGGCAACAUUAAAGCCUUUCUCCGCCGCACCCGCCAAGGCGACAAUUCUACCCAUUCUUCUCCCUCCCGCGACUCUGAGACCGCUGGCUUUCAGGACUUUUACCAAGAAACAUAGUCUUACAUUGACGUCGUCCGCAUUACAAGAACUAGCGACUUUCAUAGGACGGCACUGCGGUUCAGGAUGGCGCGAGGAGGGGCUGGCAGAGAAGGUGCUUGAAGAGGUAGCAAGAUCCUGGAAGAACCGUAAUGGCGGCGUCAUCGUUGAUGGCACCAGCAAGGAGCUCAAGGAUAUCCUAAAGACACUCGAGGGUAACAUGAGCGGAGGCAGAAUUACAACAGGCGGCGACCUGGCCCGGAAAAACAGUCUGACGAUCGAGGCCCUCGAUGAGGCCGACUUGUCCAACACAAGACUUGGCAUACGCCCUGCCACCCUCGCACGGGAUGACAGCAAUCGAAGCUUUGGCAUAAGCGCACUGGAGAUGGAGCAGAACGAGAACGAGGAUGAGGACGGACUGAACGACCCAAGAGACUGGACCAAGGUUAUCAACGCAUACGAUCAGCCUCGAAUGGUUUACAAUGUGUCCAAGAAGCACUUUGAGAGGGAUCCAACAAAACCUUCAUUAAUGCCCUCGGCUUCCCACAAAACGGCUCUUUUCAGAAACAGAUAUAAUGUUAUUCACCAAAGACUCCUACGGAACGAAUCCUUUCAGACUUCAGCCGUCGCAACGGCAAAGGCGGGUCCGCCCUCUUUGAAACGCGCAUCCUCAUCUGUAGUCACAGCACAGCAAACAUACAAGAUCACACCAAUCGCAAAUCUUCUAGGUCGCCAUGGUAGCCACCAUAUGCUGCUUGGGCUCUUGUCGGUAUCCCCUACGGGCACGCUAACCAUCAGCGACCUAACCGGAACAAUAUCUCUUGACCUUUCACAAGCACAAUCCGUGCCUGAGGAUUCUGCAUGGUUUACACCAGGGAUGAUUGUCCUAGUAGACGGCAUCUACGAGGAAGAAGAAGAAUCGAUUGGUAAAGGCCUGGGUGCGAGCAAUGGCAUUGGUGGCAUCAUUGGCGGCAGGUUUCAAGGAUUCUUCAUAGGCCAACCACCUUGUGAAAAGCGAAAAGUGACACUAGGUGUAAGUGGACCAGAAGGCGGCCUGGAUCAUACAAUCGGCGGUGGCUUUGGGUGGAUCGAUUUCCUCGGCGUGGGCAGUGAACGCGCAGUUGGUUCAAAAAUGCGAAAGGUCCAACAACGGAUUCUGCGACACAUAUCGGAAGAUCAUGAUUCCCCAAGUCGUGAUCGGGUCGUCAUUUUGGGCGAACUCAAUCUUGACCAACCGCGUGCUUUGCAAGCGCUCCACAAGAUCUUGACGAUAUAUGCAUCGGAACCCGAGGGCACAUCUCCCAUGGCAUUUGUCCUAACUGGAAACUUUACUCAACACGCUGUAAUGGCCGGCGGCGGGAGCAGUGGCGGUAGUGUGGAAUACAAGGAAUAUUUCGAUUCCUUGGCGUCCGUACUAUCGGACUUUCCUACUCUUCUACAAACGGCCAAUUUCGUCUUCGUCCCGGGGGAUAAUGAUGGCUGGGCUUCUUCAUUCUCUGCGGGAGCUGCUGUGCCAUUGCCGCGCAAGUCUGUUCCCGACAUGUUCACUUCGCGCAUUCGCAGGGCCUUUGUUGCGGCAAACGCGGAGGCAGGAGUCAAGAAAGGGGGAGAAGCCGUGUGGACUUCCAACCCAGCGAGGCUCACGGUCUUCGGGCCAUCCCACGAGCUUGUCAUCUUCCGAGAUGAUAUGUCUGCGCGUCUUCGUCGAACAGCGGUGCGCCUCAAGUCGUCCAAAUCCAACUUUGAAGACCAGGAAAAUGUAGCACCACCACAAGAGACAGCCGAAGAUGUUGAUAUGACAAGUACACUGCAAGACCAGGAAACCGCCGUUGAGGCUAUGGACAUUGAUGCAGCGCCCCAAUCUGCGAGGCCCGAGAUAGCACACGACGUGCAAGCAGCACGGAAAUUGGUCAAAACGCUUUUGGAUCAAGGAUAUCUCACGCCAUUCCGGCAGCAGAUCCGGCCAGUGCAUUGGGAUUAUGCAUCUGCCCUUCACCUUUAUCCAUUACCCACGGCCAUGAUAUUGGUGGAUGCAACGGCACCACCGUUUUGUGUCACAUAUGAAGGGUGUCAUGUCAUGAAUCCAGGGACAGUACUUGUGGCUGGGCGUAGAGGCGUCGGACGAUGGAUCGAAUAUGAGCUCGGGGGCAAGGGAAAGGUCAGGGAAUGUUUGUUCUAA